UAGAAAAUUGAACCCAAAUGCACACAGCCCCGAGGGCCGCCUGGGUACCUCUGUGAGCCAGCUGGCAGCUCUGGUAUUCCAGUCCUGAGCAAGGCAGGCAGCUCCCUGGCUGCAGGUGAAUGGGAAUCAGACUAAUUGGUCCAGCCGGCUCCCACAGUGGCUACGACAGUCUGGUGGACCGGGUGCUAGGGAACCAGGCUAAGCACAGUCAGCAGCUAUCCCUCCAAAGGCUGCCCAGACCUUGGGAAGCCUGGGCCAGGGAUCGCAUGUGGCCAAAUGCUGGCCCCAGGCUUCCCAAGCCACUAACCCCUUCCUCUCUCCUUCCUCAGAUGAGGGGCUUCAGGCCUUUGUUUUCCCUCUUCCUCCCUCUGAGCGCCUGCUUUCCCCUGCUGGACAGAAGGGGACCCACAGACAUCGGUGACAUCGGAGCCAGGAUGAGCUGGGCCCAGCUGGCUGAGGGACACCCCCCCAACUUGGUUCAAAAUCCACAUCCUCAGGCCCUGCUUGUGGUGGCCAAGGAGCAGCAGGCCUCCCGCAGGGAGCACACCGGCUUCCGUCUAGGGAGGCAGGACAGUAGCAGUGAGGCCGCAGGGUUCUUGCCCGCUGACUCAGAGAAGGCCAGCGGUCCCCUGGGGACUCUGGCAGAGGAGCUGAGCAGCUACAGCCGCAGGAAGGGAGGUUUCAGCUUCCGCUUCGGACGGACGGUGAGGGCCUGUGUGGACUCACUCUGCCCUGUCUGACCAGCUACUAUUGUCCCGGCCCCAACCUCAAGAAUCCAGACCCGGAGAGAGUAUCACAGUGAACUAGUGGUGGUGAAUAGGUGUGUUCGUGUUUUCAUUUCCAGCUUUGCUAAAGUGAGAAAUCUGGGUGGUGUUCAA